AUGCCGGCUGAGGUCCCUGAUAAGUUCAAGACUUCUGACAAGCUUGAAAAGCUUCUUGUUGGUGACAUUGUUCUUAAUUGUUUAAUUUCUGAUGAGAAUGUGAAUGGUAUUUUCAGUGUAACAAUAUCUAACGCUAAUAAUAAUCGAGUCUCUUCUCUCGCGGAGGCAAUCAGAAACUGUCAUCUAGAUCUAUUUAAGAAUAUUGAUUCGAGCAGGUUGAAGUUAUAUAAGAAUAAAGAAAAUGCUGAUAGUGUCAUAAUUCACAAUUUAAUAAAUGAUAAUGUUGCUAUAUUAGGUGAUACAGAAUUGAUAGACCCAGAAAACGCAAUUUAUAGUUAUUUUAAUGGCCGACCCAAGCUUUCAUUUCAAAGUGAAAAGGGAAUUAAUGUUAUUGUGUACCCUCCCGCUGAAAGGGUGCCAAAGGUACUAAGCAAAGAUAAUUAG